UGUGUUCUGCCAAGGUUUUUAUCCCACUUAUUGUGCACUGAUUUCCUAAUGCUAACCUUACCUCCACACCUAAACCUGAAGACUGUAAUUCACCAAGCUGGCAUCAACAGUCUGUUACAGUCCUUAUAUCCACUUCAUAGAGCAAAUGGAAAUUUAAAACAUAGUGGGUAGGGCAUGCUUGCAGAUUUGCAAUAUUUACCUGGAUAUGGGAGGGCUAAAAGAGGCAGGAUAUAAAGAGACUCAACUGUUUAUUUUUCCACACGACGGACAAAUCUUCAGCAAAGUGUACCAAAAAUCCUUCAACAAAUAUACCCACACCUAUCCACUUCAAUAUUAUGGAAGCCGAAAAAGUGCAGAGGACUCAGAAGAGCAGUGAUGAAAAAAGAAUUGUGCUGGUUGGAAAGACAGGAGUAGGAAAGAGUGCAGCAGCAAAUACCAUCCUGGGAGAAAACAAGUUUCAUUCAGAUCUGUCCUCCUCCUCUGUGACCAUAGACUGUGAUAAAGCCAAAGGAGAUGUCAAUGGGCAAAAGGUGGCCGUUAUUGACACUCCAGGCUUGUUUGACACAAAAGAGGAAAAAACUGUGAUUGAGGCAAAGAUUAAACUGUGCAUAUCGCUCUCUGCGCCAGGCCCUCAUGUUUUUAUCGUGGUUGUGCAGCUUGGGAGAUUUACAGCAGAGGAAAAAAAUACUGUGGAGCAAAUUCAGAAAAUCUUUGGUGAACAAGCGUCAAAAUACACAAUGGUGCUGUUCACUCAUGGAGACAGGUUGAAGCGUGGACAGAAAAGCAUCCAUGAGUUUGUUAAUGACAGUCCUGAUCUGCUGAACUUUAUCAAGACUACAAGUGGCCGAUACCAUGUUUUUGACAAUGAAGAUACGGAUCCAAACCAGGUCAACAUGCUGUUGGAACAAAUAGAGCAGCUUGUGACUGUAAAUGGUGAAGAGUAUUACACAAAUGAAAUGCUUCAGACAGCUGAGAGAGCAAUAGAGGAAGAAAAAGAAAGGCUUAUGCUGCAACAACAAAUGACUGAACAGGAAGCAAGAUACAGAGCAGAAAGAAACAAUAAGUUUAUGAAAGCUGGUUUGGUAGUGGCAGGAAGUGCUGCUGCUGCUGCUGGUGCUGUUGCUUUAAAAGCCUGCCAACUUCAAUGAGAAAAUUUCUUGGAUUGGUUAAUCCAGCAUUGGAUUGUCAUUGUUUAGCAAUAUAUUCUUUAAUUAUUAUUAUUAUUCAAAAUAACAAAUGACAGUAGCGCUUAUAUUUUAUGUUUACAAACUCAAUGCUAGCUAAUGGAAAAACUUUAUUAUACUGGGUCACUGUAAUUUGUUUUAGUAUACUACAACGCAUAACUGUAAUGCAAACCUGAAAUUAAUAAAAAAUAA